CUCUCGAUCUCCUUGCUACUCGCUCCGGCCUUGCUGCUAAACUCAUCGAGCUCAAAAGCUCAUCAUCAAAGAGUUGUAGCCACACUAUAUCCAUUGCAGCCUUCUUCCAUUUCCUGAUCCGGUCAUCGUCGUCGCCGCCGGCUAUAGGCAUUGCUAGUAGUAGAUAUACCUACAUGGGCGGCGGGUCGCCGUGCGCGUCGUGCAAGCUGCUGCGGCGGCGGUGCACCAAGGACUGCAUCUUCGCGCCCUUCUUCCCCGCCGACGACCCCCACAAGUUCGCCAUCGUCCACAAGGUCUUCGGCGCCAGCAACGUCUCCAAGAUGCUCCAGGAGCUCCCCGUGCAGCAGCGCGGCGACGCGGUGAGCAGCCUGGUGUACGAGGCGAACGCGCGGAUGCGGGACCCGGUGUACGGCUGCGUGGGGGCCAUCUCCUUCCUGCAGAACCAGGUGUCGCAGCUGCAGAUGCAGCUCGCCGUCGCGCAGGCCGAGAUCCUCUGCAUCCAGAUGCAGCAGCGCCGCGACGGCGGCGGCCCCGAUGACGUCGACGUGGUACCCCCGUCGUCGCUGGUCGCUGCCGGCGGCGCCGGCGACCACCACGUGACGAUGGCGGCGAUGCAGCAGCACCAGGCGUCGAUGGUGGCCCCCGAGGACGUGGAUGCGUUCCUGAUGCAGAACGCCGGCGCCGGCGCCGGAGCCAUCCCGCCGCACCUGAUCGGCUACGGCGGCGCCGCGUCGGUGGGCGCCAUGGGGGAGCCCCUCAAGCGGGAAUCCCUGUGGACGUAGCCAACACACUUAUAAGUCAACUUUGCAUGUGCACGCAGCCCGUUGCUUCAGUGCGUGCUUCGCUUAAUUUUCUUGUAGGGCUAGCUUAGGUUAAUUAUUAGCUAGUAGGUAGUUAAUCUGUGACUUCUUGUUUCCUCCUCCUCUCUUCGACAUUUUAAUCCUGAUUUCUCUCUAAUU